GGAGAGCUGGAGCUUGGCAGGCCCUCCACAGCUAAACACUUUAUUCACAUGUGAUGUAAUGGGGCACCAGGUCACAGUGACAAAAUGUGAACUCAACUGUCACAUUCACUGGUUGAUGUAAACACACUAGGGUAUUCAGGAUACCAGCCACGUAUUGUGAUACCAGGAAAACCCAAAGCAGACUAAACUCUACGGUUCUUUAAAACCUGCCUGUAUGUAACAGUCUAUGAUAUAAGCAUAGUUGGGAGAAAAAGACUAAUGUGACUGUUAACAGAAGGCUGUGUGUUUACAACUUCAGAAUGUUUUUUUCUCAACAAAUGAUGUCUGCUUCAUGUUUUGUUGCCACGAUACUUCCAAGUAUUGCAAUACUGGUAUCGUGAGAACCCUAAAACAUACACCCUGGGCCAUCUGACCGGGUUGGGGCACUGCACUGGUUUACACAAAAACCCAAUGGAACAACAGCCCAGACUGCCCAGCACAGGUGUGACAGCUGUGGCCUCGCCAAUGGAACAACAGCCCAGACUGCCCAACACAGGUGUGACAGCUGUGGCCUCGCCAAUGGAACAACAGCCCAGACUGCCCAACACAGGUGUGCCAGCUGUGGCCUCGCCAAUGGAACAACAGCCCAGACUGCCCAACACAGGUGUGCCAGCUGUGGCCUCGCCAAUGGAACAACAGCCCAGACUGCCCAACACAGGUGUGCCAGCUGUGGCCUCGCCAAUGGAACAACAGCCCAGACUGCCCAACACAGGUGUGCCAGCUGUGGCCUCGCCAAUGGAACAACAGCCCAGACUGCCCAACACAGGUGUGCCAGCUGUGGCCUCGCCAAUGGAACAACAGCCCAGACUGCCCAACACAGGUGUGCCAGCUGUGGCCUCGCCAAUGGAACAACAGCCCAGACUGCCCAACACAGGUGUGACAGCUGUGGCCUCGCCAAUGGAACAAGAGCCCAGACUGCCCAACACAGGUGUGACAGCUGUGGCCUCGCCAACGGAACAACAGCCCAGACUGCCCAACACAGGUGUGACAGCUGUGGCCUCGCCAACGGAACAACAGCCCAGACUGCCCAACACAGGUGUGCCAGCUGUGGCCUCGCCAACGGAACAACAGCCCAGACUGCCCAACACAGGUGUGCCAGCUGUGGCCUCGCCAACGGAACAGCCCAGACUGCCCAACACAGGUGUGCCAGCUGUGGCCUCGCCAACGGAACAACAGCCCAGACUGCCCAACACAGGUGUGCCAGCUGUGGCCUCGCCAACGGAACAACAGCCCAGACUGCCCAACACAGGUGUGCCAGCUGUGGCCUCGCCAACGGAACAACAGCCCAGACUGCCCAACACAGGUGUGCCAGCUGUGGCCUCGCCAAUGGAACAACAGCCCAGACUGCCCAACACAGGUGUGCCAGCUGUGGCCUCGCCAAUGGAACAACAGCCCAGACUGCCCAACACAGGUGUGACAGCUGUGGCCUCGCCAAUGGAACAAGAGCCCAGACUGCCCAACACAGGUGUGACAGCUGUGGCCUCGCCAAUGGAACAAGAGCCCAGACUGCCCAACACAGGUGUGACAGCUGUGGCCUCGCCAAUGGAACAACAGCCCAGACUGCCCAACACAGGUGUGCCAGCUGUGGCCUCGCCAACGGAACAGCCCAGACUGCCCAACACAGGUGUGCCAGCUGUGGCCUCGCCAACGGAACAACAGCCCAGACUGACCAACACAGGUGUGCCAGCUGUGGCCUCGCCAACGGAACAACAGCCCAGACUGCCCAACACAGGUGUGCCAGCUGUGGCCUCGCCAACGGAACAACAGCCCAGACUGCCCAACACAGGUGUGCCAGCUGUGGCCUCGCCAACGGAACAACAGCCCAGACUGCCCAACACAGGUGUGCCAGCUGUGGCCUCGCCAACGGAACAACAGCCCAGACUGCCCAACACAGGUGUGCCAGCUGUGGCCUCGCCAACGGAACAACAGCCCAGACUGCCCAACACAGGUGUGCCAGCUGUGGCCUCGCCAACGGAACAACAGCCCAGACUGCCCAACACAGGUGUGCCAGCUGUGGCCUCGCCAACGGAACAACAGCCCAGACUGCCCAACACAGGUGUGCCAGCUGUGGCCUCGCCAACGGAACAGCCCAGACUGCCCAACACAGGUGUGCCAGCUGUGGCCUCGCCAACGGAACAACAGCCCAGACUGCCCAACACAGGUGUGCCAGCUGUGGCCUCGCCAACGGAACAACAGCCCAGACUGCCCAACACAGGUGUGCCAGCUGUGGCCUCGCCACUGGAAACCUACUCUGCCUUCACAAGAUCACAACCAGUAGUCAGCUGAGAUGUGAACCGAUACGGUCCACCCUGUAUGUGUUCGUGGUGGAAAAUAGCCCAAUUAUCAUUCUUCAGUAAAAAUAAAAGAUACCUUAAUAGAAAAUGACUCAAG